UCUAUAUUACUAUCCAGUCUUGUCUCCUCUCCUUAUAUCAUAUCAAUCCUUAGACCACUUUUCCAAUAUAAAUUCCAAGCAAACUUUUCUUCAUUGCCACCUCAAUUCAUGAGGACAUCUUUCACUCAUCUUCUUUCCAACAAUAAUAGUAGUAACAUGACCAUGAAUGAUCAUAACAACUGGGGAACUUCUGAUAUUAAUCAUGAUCAAGUUGGACUUGACGUUCCCAAGUUCAAGUCUGUUCAACCUCCCUCACUACCCAUUUCUCCCUCUCCAAUCUCCCCUUCUUCUUACUUGCCUUUUUCAACUGCUUUCAGCCCUUCUGAGUUCUUCAACUCACCCAUGUUUCUUCCUUCUCCAAAUAUUUUUGCAUCUCCUACUACUGAGGCUUUGGUUGGCCAGAGCUUCAACUGGAGGAACGGUUCAGGAGAAGAACAACAACGUGACAAGGGGGAUGAGAAAAACUACUCUGACUUCUCUUUCCAACCCCAAAUUCAAUCUUCCUCAAGCAUGUUUCAAGGGCAGGAACCACUUAAGAAACAAGACAUGUGGAAAUUCAAUGAAGCUACAAAGCAAACUGAAUUUUCAUCUGAGAUGACAGCAACAAAAUCUGAAUACCCUUUAAGUCAAAGUUUUUCCUUAGGAAUGGAAGCAGGAAAAUCAGAAAUGCAAAGUAAUUCAGUUCCGAGGUCUGGUAAUUUUGACUACAUUAACGCAUCUCAAACUGUUAGAGAACAAAAGAGAUCAGAUGAUGGGUUCAACUGGAGAAAAUAUGGACAGAAACAAGUGAAAGGGAGUGAAAAUCCUCGUAGUUAUUACAAGUGUACACAUCCAAAUUGCUCAAUGAAGAAGAAAGUAGAGAGGUCUUUGGAUGGACAAAUUACUGAAAUAGUAUAUAAGGGUCAUCAUAACCACCCAAAACCACAGUCUAGAAGAACAAACUCUCAAUCAAUUCACCAACCUUCUUCAUCUUGCACCAACUCGGGGAUUUCUGAUCAAUCAGUGGUGACCCUAGGCAAUCCACAAAUGGAUCAUUUCUCCAUACAGGAAGAUUCUUCGGCUUCUGUUGGAGAGGAAGAGUUUGAGCAAACAUCACAAACCAGUUACUCUGGAGGAGAUGAAGAUAGUCUUGGACCAGAUGCCAAAAGAUGGAAGGGAGAUAAUGAAAAUGAUGGCUAUUCCGUCUCUGGGAGUAGAACUGUGAGAGAGCCUAGAGUGGUAGUUCAAACCACAAGCGAAAUUGAUAUACUUGAUGAUGGUUUUAGGUGGAGGAAAUAUGGACAGAAAGUAGUCAAAGGAAACCCCAAUGCAAGGAGCUACUACAAAUGCACAGCCCCUGGUUGUUCAGUGAGAAAACAUGUUGAGCGAGCUGCACAUGACAUCAAAUCUGUGAUCACAACCUAUGAAGGGAAACACAACCAUGAUGUACCUGCUGCACGUGGUAGCGCAAGCUAUAACAUGAACAGAAAUUCUGUGAACAGCAACAUACCGGCGCCUAUAAGACCCUCGGCAGUGAACUGUUAUUCUAGCUCAUCAAGUUUCACAAAUUCUCUCUGUAAUAAUACUAGGCUUCCAGCAACCGGAAAUCAAGAAUCAUUUUCACUGGACAAGUUCAAGAACCCUGGAAGUUUUGGCUAUUCGGCUCUUAACAAAUCAGUGGGUUCAUUUACCAAUCACGCGCAAAACUCAGAUGCUGCAUACUCAAGGGCUAAGGAUGAGAGGAAGGAUGACUCAUUCCUUCAGUCUUUUCUGUCAAAGGACUUCUAAAUCUGGGACCGGACCACAACUUCACAUAUUACAUAUUUUCUAGGAUAUGGUUUUGUACAGCAUGUAGGAUUUUAGUUAUUCACAGCAGAAUAUAGACAAUGAAUCACGAAUGUUUACUUAUUUACCUCAUUUAGAUUAGGGAUUGACACUACAGCCAAAGUGACAGCAAAUUGCUGCUAUGCCUGUCUGCCAAGUUCAUCUCCCAAUAGAAACUUUCAACUUUAUCAUAGGAUUGACCGAUGAAUUCUGUUAUUCUUUUAUUGUAUUUGUAUGGAAAAAGGUUUUCUUGGAAGAAUAUUACUAUAUUUCAUUAAUUGGAA